CGCUCCGCCUCUUCCGAUAGGGUCACGGCCUGUUCGGCGGGAGAAGGUUUCCGAGCGUGCCGGGCCCUCCUGGGUCACCGCAGCUCCCGGCCUGGCGCCAUGUCGGUGUCCCGGAAUCUGCGCACCGUGCUCAUUUUCGGCGGCUUCGUCUCCCUGGUCGGCGCCGCCUUCUACCCCAUCUACUUCCGGCCCCUGAUGAGGGUGGAGGAAUACCAAUCCAGGUUAUGUAGGCACAGGAUGGCCUCCAUGAUGAAGAAUUACCAGCCCCAGAUGGGAGGGGGCCUUGGUUGAGAAGCGCGCUCUGGUCAGGUGGUCAAGGUGAAGUGUGUGUACUGUCUCAUGGGACAUGGACACGUGUCUGACAGGCUGUCUGAAUUACUUGAAAUAGAUAAAUUAGCCCAUUUUGGGUGAACAUUUAAUAAAUGUAACUGCGUUAGCUACCGUCUAUCUGUCUAUCUACCUACCUAUCUACCUAUCUGUCUAUAUGUAGCCUAGACAAGUCUCCAACUCAAAGUCCUCUUGCUUCAGCCUUCCAAAUCCUGGGAUUACAGGCAUGUGCCACCAUGCCCAGUUCAGUUGCUGCACUUUAAACUGGGAAGCUGUUGAUGCCCACUCACUUUUCUGGUUCUAUUUUAAUUUGGGAAACUUACUGAACAGCUACUUUUUAGUUGAAAGAUAUUUGGUACCUUUCUAAACACAUCCAGUAUACUAAGCCAUAUAGUGUUCUAAUAACCCUACGUGGUAGCUGCUGAAUGAUCCUCAUCCUCACUGUAAGCUGGAACAAUUAAAUAACUUGACAAGGACCCACAACUGAGGAGCCACAGAUCUGGGAUUUGAACCAGAGCCCUUAAUCCCUAAAUCAUACUACCCCUAGAGGGGGUAGGGGGGAGGCUCAACAUCUGGCUAGAUGAGCUUGAGGCAAAUUACUUCACCACUCUGAGCCCUGCGGCUUUGCCAUCCAUAACCAUGGAGUUUACUGGAUAGAUUUUACAAUUAAGUGAAUUAAAUGAGCUAAUGGUUGCAUAUCAGAUUCCUCGUAUAGUCUUAUGUUAAGUGUUGUACAAAAACAUUUUUUAAAAUAAGGAGCCCUGGAGCAGGGGUGUGGGAGA